GAAAGUGAACUGAGCAGGCGCGUGUCUCAGCUCUCUCAGAAUCAAAGUAUAGGCUUAUAAACGGCGUCUAGGGGUUCCAUAACGAACCCCAAAAAGAAAAGCUCAGAACCAUGUCAGGGUUUUUGGACAGCGUCCGGUGCGGAGACUGCGAGUGCAAUGUGGACUGGGGAGAGAGGCGAAACACCAUGGCAUCUAUAGCUGCUGGAGUCUUGUUUUUCACUGGUUGGUGGAUAAUCAUUGAUGCAGCUGUGAAAUAUCCAGAUGAGGCGGUCUUCCAUCAUGCCUAUCACACCUGUGGAGUCAUCGCUACUGUGGCUUUUCUCAUGAUCAAUGCUGUCUCAAAUGGCCAGGUGAGAGGGGACAGCUACAGUGAAGGUUGCAUUGGGCAGACAGGAGCUCGUGUGUGGCUCUUCAUUGGCUUCAUGCUGGCGUUCGGCUCUCUCAUCGCUUCCAUGUGGAUCCUGUUUGGAGGCUUCGUAGUGCCCAAGAAACCUGUUGUAUAUCCUGGUAUUGCGGUUUUCUUCCAAAAUGCAUUCAUUUUCUUUGGGGGCUUGGUGUUUAAGUUUGGACGCACUGAAGACUUGUGGCAGUAAUGGUUUCUGGUUUCUGUCAACUGUCAUACUAUCUGUUCUCUUGUUGUAUGAGACAGUAGUGUACGCUUUGGCCUGUCAAAACACUACCUUCCAUCUUUCAAGUGUUAGAAAAUAUUCACUUUAUAUAAUGACUUUAUAUUUUUGCUUUUUAGAUUAACUUGUUUAAUUUAUAAUUAGGUUGGUUGUUGCUGUACAAAUGUACAUUUUACUAAAGCAUCAUUUGCAGUUCAUGUUUUAAUUCAAUGUUCUUUUCUUUUGAAUUCUUGUAAUGGGAUCUCGGUGUCUUUUCACUCCAAAUGUGUGGAGCCAUUCUGUUACAAUAAUUUACUACCUUCCAUUAUUUAUCUUGGAAACCGUGCAAAAUAAUAAAUGAGCAGAUUAUUAUUAUA